AUGCCGAAGGGGAAUCUAGAAGGCACUACGUUGUCGAUCGGCUCGGACACACUUGUCACUGAUAUACAUGUAUCAACUUACUUUGGCUAUCCAUUUAAGUCCCGCGGUGCAGCUUUUCGCAGGCGGCGCCCCGCCAGCAUCGAACCUCGGACAACUUCACAAUGUGCGAGCGUUGCAUCGUAUGCGGAGGCUUUUGCCAUUCUGACAGAUUCACGCACGUACGGAAUUCUUGCAAGGAUCCCGAGAUACUUACGAGAACCAGCAGGGCUCAAACCAGCAGGGCUCAAACCAGCAGGGCUCACAGGAAGCAGCUCGAGGGACGCCCCAGACGAUGAUCCUGAAGAGAACCCUGAGCACGAGGCAGUAGAUGCUGUGAACGUAGCGCAGGAGAGGAAGACGGACGGCUUCUCCCAGACCACACUGCCUCAUCUGCUGACAGUUUCUGUUGAUCGAUCCACUAUCGUUCUAUGCGAAUGGGAGGCCUGGGCCUGCUUAGGGAAGGUGACCACCGAUAAAUUGACUGGCUUUAGCGACGAGGAAGGCGGACCACCGCCUCGUGAUCUUGUUCUCGACAGAUGUAAAACAGCUGCUGCAGCCUCACCCCCGGUCAUGAAGCAAACGUUGAUGAGCAAGACGGUACUGCCCUACGCACACCUCCUGCAGUAUCGGAUCAGCGCCGCAGAGUUCAACGGGCGUUUUGAGUGGGCCAUACACAGCGAAGGUCGGAGACAGAAGCCGCCGAGCAUUUGCGCCCAGUGUCAAACCUUGGCCCUGACUGGAAGAGGAGGAAGAGGCGGAGGCAAGAAGGUGAAUAGAGACACGCGCCCUCGUGCCAUUGGCUCCUCUCCCGUAGGUCUUCUCAUGACAAGAUCUCGGCUGCUCACAUGGGCGCUAAGCCCCAUAUGUCAAGCCCCGCUCGCGGUUCAUGGCGAACUGGGAGAGGAGGCGGCAUGGUCACGCGCGUUGUCCAGCAUCGUCACAUGUCGCCUUGAGCUCAUCGAGCGAGCUGAACAGAUGGGGACAUUCCUGUAUACCUUCGCUGGUGUAGGCUCGACGGCUGGUUGGGUCCUAGGCAACAUCCUAGGCCUCCCCAGCAUAAGUAGUGGGUGCAUCCUGUCUUUAAACGUGACGCAUCGGCCAACGUUACUAUUGGUGUCGCGUACGCCAUCGGAAUCGUAUUGGCACUUACUAUCUGCCUGGUCGGUGACUCCGUUGUGGAUAUAUGUGCAAGGCCGACCAACAUGUUCACAGCCCGCCUCCAAAGGCCAUGUAAAUCCAGCCUUCACUGUGUAUGCCCUAGUCCGCGGGCACUGUACUCCGCAGAGAGCCCUCAUGCUUAUUGUCGCGCAAAUCCUCGGUGCAUACAUCGCCUGCCUCCUCAUUUACGCCCAAUAUCACACCAUAAUCCAGGAAGCGACAGAAGCUCUCAUGGCAAAGGGUGUCUAUGACGAAAUCAUGUUCACCUCGCAAGGUCCAGGGGGAAUCUUCGGACUGUACGCGACGCCCGGCGCGAGCCUCGGCAACAUCUUCGUGAACGAGUUCGUCUGCGACUUCAUCCUCGCAGUGUGCGUUUUCGGCGCGAUCGAGCCAACGAACCCGUUCUCGCCACCGACCAUGGCUCCCUGGAUCAUCGCCUUCACAUACGCCAUCGUGAUCUGGGGCUACGCGCCCGUCGGGCUCGCCGCCAACUCCGCGCGCGACGUCGGCGGCCGCCUCGCCGCGCUCACGCUCUGGGGCCUGCCCGCGUCCGGCGGCCGGUACGCGGCGAUCGCCGCGCUCACGAACAUCCCCGCGACGCUGCUCGCGGGCGUCUUCUACGAGUUCGUGCUGAACGACUCGAAUCGGACGCUCACGCCGGCGUAUCUCGAGGUGGCGGCCGCUGAGAAGGCGCACGAGGAACGUGUGCAGGGCGUCGUGCCCAGCGAUGCUUCUUUGUCGAGCGGCGACUCGAAGGCGCGCGUCCUCCCUCAGUGA